AUGGCUGAACACGGGCUUGCACCUACUCUUACUGAAAUACCUCCUAUAGUUCCAGUUAUCAAUGGGGACCCCAUGCGUCAGAUGGGGAAUUACCAUCUGGACACCACUGUUGGAAUACAGUAUACUACAAAUUAUUCACAAAUGAUGACUCAUUCUAAGAGAAAUACAAGAUGGCCUUCUUGUCCGCAAUACUGGAUACAACAAAUUAUAUUGGUGCAAGUUAAUCCUGGGGAGACCCUCACCCUCAAAUCUGAUGAUGGGAAUAUUCAGAAUAUCCAAGGUCCCGCUGAUGUACCUCUAAUGUCACCAAGUGGCACUUUGCCACCAAUAUAUCUUCCUCUUGGUUACAUGUCUCAGGUGGUGGAAGAAAAUGGCAUUCGCAAAAUUAUCAUUGUGCCUCAGACAAUUGACUAUCACACAACCAUGCCUGCUCCUAUACCACAAGUACCACACUUCAUCACACCAUCCUCUCCUAUAUAUCCACAAGGUCCUCAACUUACGUAUCCCCCAGCUCAAGGGGGAUUUCCAGCACCUUACAUCCAAGAGCCUAUGCCACAGCAGCUGCCACCACCACCACUCCCACCACCACUGCUGCCACCAUCAGCAACAGUUAUAUACCACGAGCAGCAAGAAACUUAUUCCCAUGGAAGACCAAAUUAUAACCAGUUUGAUGAAAGGGCUGCUAAAAUGGAAGAACAUAUGAAGAAAAACCUGGGAGAAUGUCAAGUAGGCGGACACAAGAAUAGCAAUAUGGUUAUCAGCACCUCUUUGCUUGUGAACAAAACCAAUGAUUUUUCCAGUAUUCCUCUUACUCCAAGCACUUACACUGUGGACAUUGCUCCAAGUACCCAUACUUUUGACAAUACCUUGAGCACCUACACUGUGGAGAAUGCUACACAAACCUACAUUGUUGAUAGUGCAUCAAGUACCUACACUGUGGACAAUACUUCAAGCACUUUCGCUGUGGACAAUGUUCCAUGCACUUACAAUGUUGAAAAUACUCUGAGCUCUUACACUGUGGAGAAUGGUCCAAGUACCUACACUGUGAACAAUGCUCAGAACAUUUACAUUGCUGACAAUACUCCUAGUACUUACACUGUUGACAACCCUCCAAGCACUAACAUUGCUGACAGUACUCCCAGCAAUUCUUCCACUAACCAUGUACCUAGUACUCCCACUACAGACAGUGCUCUUCUUUCCACCAUUGAUAGUGUUCCAAACCCUCCCAGCACUAAUUAUGUCCCCAAGAUUUCCACUUCUGAGAGCACUCCCAAGCCAUUACCUACUGACAGCACUCCAAGCCCUUCCAUUCCUGACCAUGCUCCUAGCACUCUCAUCUCUGAAAAUGCUCCCGGCGCUUCCAUCUCUGAAAGUGCUUCUAGCACUUCUGCCACUGAUGGUGAUCUCAGUGCUUCCAAUGCUGUCAGCAAUUCCAACCAUGUCAGUGCUCAUGUUGAGACUAGUCAUGGAAAGAAAUGGAAUGCUACAAGAAGUACAGACAUCAAGCAGAAACCAGGUGGAAAAGAAAACAAAGCAUCAUCAAAUGCUGCAGAAAAAGAAUGCAUAAUAGAACGUGGAAAGUCAUGCUGUUUCAGCAUUGAGAAACCUAUAGUUUCUGAUAUUCAAACAAGAUCUGCUGUUAUUUCAUGGAAACUACAUGGUUCUAAGAAAUGUGAUCACAUCAAAUCUCCUGUGACAUUUGAACUGGCAAUAUCUAACAGUGGUAAAAAUGGAAAAUAUAAAAAUAUAUAUAUUGGUGAUGGAGUUACAUUUACUCUACUUGAUCUACAACCAUCUGUGGCCCAUUUUGUAAGAAUCACAACCAUAAGAGGCUCAGCACACAGAAUUGUGUCUGAAGUGGUUAGCUUCACAACUCCAGGUUGUGAACCAGACCCUCCACCUGCACCCCAACUAAUUAACCGAUCCAAGAGCAGCCUGAAUUUACAGUGGAAAGGUUCCAGUGAUAAUGGCUCCAAAAUAAAUGGCUUCCUUUUGGAAUGGGAUGAGGGUAAAGGUGAAGACUUCAAAAGUUGCUAUACGGGUACCAUGAAACAGUACAAAAUCCUUAAACUAAAUGCUUCUACAAAAUAUUCAUUCAGAUUAGCUGCCAAAAAUGACUUUGGCUUGAGUGAUUUCAGUGAAAUAGCAGUCUUCCAUACAUCAGGAACUAUGCCUCCAACACCUUUACCUCCUAAGCUAAAAGAAGCAGGAAUCUGUAAUUUGUCACUAGAAUGGUGUGCUCCAACUAACACAAACCCAAAUGACAGUCUUACUUAUGUACUAGAAAUGGAGGAAGCAGGAUCUGGAUUGGGAUUUAAACCUAAAUAUAAUGGAGAAGCCCUCUCAUGCACUAUAAGAAAUCUUCAGAGAAGUACUACAUACAAGUUUAGGAUCCUUGCCUACACUUCAGAAGGAAGGAGUAACCCCAGUGGAGAAGUAAAAUAUACUACCUGUCCAGAUAAGCCUGGAUCCCCUAAAAAACCAUAUAUUAAGGGAAAGAUCUAUGCACACAAAGCGAAAAUUGGAUGGGAACCACCACAAGAUAAUGGUGGGACAUACAUUUCAAGUUACAGUUUAGAAGUUAAUGAAAAUUCAGAUGUGAAUUCCUGGAACAUAAUCUACAAUGGAACCACAAAGGAAUUUCUAUAUGAUCACCUGCAACCUGGUACUACAUAUAAACUGAGAGUCUUUUGUACUUCACCUAUAGGUCAAAGCCAGCCUUCAGAUAUAUUGACUAUUCAAACACCUACUCUUUCUUCUGCAUCUUGCAAUCCUCUACCCUUGAAUGGUGCAGCAAAAACCAGAGAGACAAACAUCAAAUGUGAGAAUCCUCCUACUAAUGGAAAUUCAGAAGCAUUUGCAAAUGUCAAAAAGGCAGAAGGUAACCAAGAUGACAAACGAAGGCACCCUGGCUCCAAAUUGAGAUGCACAUCUGGAGCUCAUUCAAUGAAGUGUGAAACUGUACCAGUCCCAAGCCCUCCUUCUCAAUGUGGUACACCUGUGGUAACCUGCAAGGGUCCAACCUGUGUUGUUGUUAGUUGGGAGAUUCCUGUGUGUAAUGGUGCUGAAAUCACAGAUUACAGACUAGAGUGGGGACAAGCUGAAGAAUCGAUGCACUUGAUAUACACUGGCUCUUGUCUGAGCUAUGAAUUGAAAGGUCUCAUUCCUGCAACUACAUAUUUUUGCAGAGUUCAGGCUGUAAACAUAGCUGGAGUUGGACUGUUUGGAGGAACUGGCAGAGUAACCACACCAGCAACUGUACCAGCAGUAGUAUCAAUGCUACAUGAAGUUGAAAACAAAGUUCCUGCCAAAUUGGCAUCAUCUUGCAUUGCCAUUAAAUGGGAGGAGCCAGAUUGCCAUGGCUCUCCAAUCACUGGAUAUAACAUUCAAUAUGGAGACAGAAAAAUUCUGACUGUUGAAAGAGUAACAGAGUAUCUUCUGAAAAAUCUACAGCCUGAUACCACAUACAAAAUCAGAAUUCAAGCUAUCAAUCAUUAUGGACUAAGCCCUUUUAGCCAAUCAAUAAGAACCAAAACCAAGCCACUACCACUUGAUCCUCCACAUCUUGAUUGUGUGGUCUAUGGACACCAGAGCCUCAAACUGAAAUGGGGUAACUCUUCAAGCAAAGUAUUACUUUCCAACCUUAUAAGCUACAAUUUGUUAAUAGGAGAUCAAUCUGGCAGAUUUUCUAUCAUUUACCAUGGACCUUGUCAGACUUACAAAGUGAACAGACUGAGUGAAUAUACUCAAUACAAAUUUAAAAUACAAACAUGCACUAAAGCUGGUGAGGGACCACUGUCUGGUAUCUACACUUUCACUACAACCAAAAUUCCACCAGCCACAAUUAAAGCACCUAAAUUACAGCAUGUGAACAGUAAUACUUGUGAAGUCAAAUGGAAGUCUUUGGAGCCAAUAAAAGGAGAUCCCAUUAUUUACAACCUUCAACUCAUCACUGAUAAGGGAACUGACCUGAUUUACAAAGGACCAAACACUUCAUUCUCUUUUUCCAAAUUUGUCACAAAUUCACAUUAUCGCUUCAAGGUCUGUGCUGGACGCCAAUAUCAGACUUCUGCUGGGCUACAAGAGCUCUGGGGACCAUAUAGCCCCAGCACUCUUUUCUCAACACAUAAGCAACAUCUAGGGCCUGGGAAAGGCGGUGGACGAAAGGGAAGAAACAGCCCUAGUGAAGAGAAAAAAGAAAAGCCCAGAAUAGAGAUGAGUGAUGAUACAUUUAUUCUAAUCCUUGUGAUAGGAUUUGCACUAGUUGCUAUUUUGUGUGCUGUUGUAAUUCAAUAUUUUCUAAUCAACUAAUUUUUAUGCUUUUCACCUUUUAAGGAGGUUCUAAAAUAAAUUACAUCAAGAAUAGGUAUAUCUAGAUACAUCUCAAUUAUUACUUAAAAGUAAAUCUGAUUUGGUAUAAAUCCUUGUAAGCAUUCACCUAACAGCAAAGGAACUGCUUUACACUAAAAAAAUUCAUUGUGACAACAGAAGAGAUUUUAGGAAAUAGGUCUAGUUUAAACUUGAGAAUGUUAGUAA